AACCUCAGUAGUCGUAGGUGGAAUGAUGCUGAGUUGCAAACCGAUUUGGACACUAUAACAGAACAAUUACAAUCUUCAUUCGCAAGCAUUUCAAAUUGGGAUGAGUACUCCUCAGAAUUAGAGUCUGGCUUGCUAAGGUGGUCACCUGUACACACUGACGAGGAUUUCUGGAAGAAUCAAUCAGGCGCUCUCUUAAAGGAUAACAAUUGGGGUUUAAAUAGACUUUUCUCACUUCUUGAUUCUGAAGAUCAACAGAUUUUACAUAUCACUCUGUACGAUAUAUCCCAAUGUCUGAAGUUCAUUCAUCACGCGAAAACCUACGUCGACAGCUCAUCUAAGCAGAAAAUAAUGGAAUUACUUCAACACCCAGAUCCAAAAAUUAAGUAUCAAGCUCUGAUUACGACUCAGUUACUCAUAUCGCAACCUUGG